AUUGACGGCUUCUCUCUCCCAAGUCUGGCCCUCUAAGUCUCUUGGUUUUCAUGGAGUCUUCUUGCGACAUACCAAAACAGCGAGCCGCCAUAUAUAAUGGCAGAGGCCGCCCUCCCAUAUGAGGAGCCUGGUAUUGUUACCAUCCUAAUCCAGGCGUCCUUCCUUCUCGCCCUGAACAUUGUUAAUACAGUCCUCGACAAUGUCUUCUACUGCGGGCUCGUUGGACAGGUACUUAUUGGCAUGGCGUGGGGAACACCAGGGGCCAAAAUACUCUCCCGUCAACUUGAAGAAGUGGCCACGCAGCUGGGGUAUCUGGGACUGAUUGUCAUUGUCUUCGAAGGAGGUCUGUCAACCUCUUCCAAAUCAGUACAACCCACACUAUUCCUUUCGAGCUGCGUCGCAAUCACCGGGAUUGUUCUGCCCAUCGCGUUUUCCUUCUCGCUUCUAGCCCUUGCAGAUGCUAGCAAUCUUCAAGCAUUUGCUGCCGGAGCAGCCCUGUGUUCUACGAGCCUUGGGACAACUUUCAGCAUCUUGAAGACGACUGGCUUGACCAAUAGUCGACUCGGCACAGUUUUGACCAGUGCAGCGAUGCUUGAUGAUGUUGUCGGCUUGAUCAUGGUACAGGUCAUUUCCAAUCUUGGAUCUGGCAACCAAUCUAUCCAUGCCACUACUGUUAUACGGCCAAUUCUUGUCAGUGUCGGCUUUGCACUUAUUCUCCCGCUGGCUUGCAGAUUCCUAGUUAAGCCAAUCUGGAUUCACCAUUCUAGCGCGAUUACGAAGGCUGUGGAUUCUUGUAGGGGGAACCGUUUGGUCUCAGAGUCUGCAGUAUAUUUCCUCCUUUCUACAGCCUUGCUGGUAGGUCUGGUCAGCGCAGCUAGCUAUGCAGGCACCUCUGGGCUCUUUGCAGCAUACCUUGCCGGGGUUUGCGUGACGUGGUUCGACAGCACUCUAAAGCACAUAGGAUCGCCUCAAGCUUCGACUUCUGACCGAGGAAGCUCGUCUCAGAGUCUUGGAAAGGCGGCAGAAAAGGCCCCAAAACAAUCUGGCUCUCAUCGGGCAGCCAGGGAUGGCGAACAAGGUGUUGGUGACCCAGCAACGGCUAAGAAGGGUCAUGACGACGACCAUAUCAGUUCAGCGACUUCUUCUCGUCUGCCGACGCCUCCUCCAGAAAAGGACGUAAGAGACAAACAUCAGCACGACGACGUGCCAACGCUGGGUACAGCGCCACCCGCGCAAGACACUAACAGUGGCGUGUUGACCAUGUACGAAAGCUUUUAUGGUCCUGCAGUCGAGCGGAUCUUGAAACCAUUCUUCUUUGCAUCCAUUGGCUUCUCGAUUCCCAUCACCAAAAUGUUUCAAGGCUCCAUCAUCUGGCGAGGAUUCGUCUACGCCAUUCUAAUGACACUAGGCAAGCUGUUCUGCGGAGCAUGGCUGAUCCGGUUUGCACGAGCGUCCACCAUAUCAGGACGAACCGGACCGCCAUCACAUGCGCCGAACGAUGAGCAGCAGCAGCAGCAGCAUCGAAAGCAACACGGACAGAAUAGAACUGCUCUCACAUCCUUUUCCAGACCAAAAUCGCUCUACCCGGCUUCUUUGCUCGGCUGCGCCAUGGUGGCACGGGGUGAAAUUGGAUUCUUGAUCUCAGCGCUGGCAGCCACCAACGGCAUUUUCAACAGCUCCGGAGACACAAAUGGGUCUUCGUCCACCAACAGCAGCGAGAACCUAGAGUCGGAUAUCUAUCUGAUCGUGACCUGGGCAAUUCUGCUGUGCACGAUUGUCGGCCCUCUGGCGCUCGGAAUUUUGGCUAGGCGCGUUAAGCGGUUACAAGCUCGGCGGACGAUAAGCGGCGAUGCAGGAGGAGAGGAUCCCCUGGGGAUCUGGGGAGUGUGAAACAACAACAAUGUCGAGGCAGACGAAUAAUCUGUCGAAUUUAUUCUCCGGUUGAUGUGAGGAGCAUUUGUUCCAUUCGCCUGGUAAUCAUAUUACAGAUUACGACGCUGGAACCGGAACGAACCGGUCAUGCAAGGGUAGGUUUUAUGAUUCACCGUCAAUGGAGGCCUCCUUCGGCGGCAUCGCGGCGUAGGCACACACGUCGAAAGCCCUCCACGAACUCUGGAAGCAGAAGGGGCAAGAAUUCAGUUAUGCAUUAUCUGUUCGAGCGAACGCCUCGCUUACCUAUGGACCCUCCAUUCUGCACAAUCAACCCAGCGAUCACCUAUGGGACGACCUGGACGUCGUGGUCAGUGUCGAAAUCUGCGUCCAAGUCUUAUGGCCAAGAGGCUCGGGCUGUGGCGACGGAUUGGAAGAAAAAGGGUACCGCCCUAGCCAGUGCACCAGUGUUCUUAUGCAGAACUUCGUACCACGGGGAACAGGUGGCGGUAUACUGCACUAUCCCCACCAUCGUCUUGCGGUCGACGUGUCCAUAUACGAACGGGUACCGUGACACUUGGUGCAAGAGCCCGAAGCUGACGCUGAGGUUGAACACACAGCGCUAUGCUCAGACCCAUGGCUUGCAGAACAAGCCGUAUUGCAGUAAACUUUGCCUCAGGCUCCAUUUCCACCUCGUGGUUAGGAUAUAUGACCUACCCAGCGACAGGUACCUUAUUCAAAUGGCACGCGACGAGAACUGGAAACACAGACACCGCCAUUGCAGCAGCAACAAGAGCAGCACCUUUGCGAUUCUCCGAUUUUAAAAAUCUGUUCCAUCCAGAAAGUCCAAUUCCGUCCGUCAUGAAAAGAACACCAACUCCGACAGGAGACUGGCCUGUCCAGCGAGAUCCGGUACAGCUCGCGCGCCGCAGAUGCAAGAUGAGACAACAGCGCAAGACAUACUGUACACGUAUACACACGUACACCCGGGUGUUCGCAAUGUUGGCUGUUGAUAUCUUAUCGAACAAACCCUACAUCCAAGAAACUUGAAGUGCAAUGCCUCCCUGAUUUGUCAAUAAUUCACCUCAGGCUCUUGAGCGAAGCGAAGCGCCGCCAAUUUCACCUAAAAUUCUGCCCAACAUCUCACCUGCUGUCAAUAAAAUGACUGUCACUGCCACGUUGUUGACAAGAGAAAGUCGAAUAAAAUCAUGUCGAGGAGCACUUUGCAGCGAGUUCAUUUCGGUCAUAUCUGGAAUGGUACACAGUGGCUUCAUCUCGGGUAGCUGAACUGCUUCCACCCUGAUGAACAUACAAACAUGUUGUUGCCAGUACUCGUAGCGGUGCAUACGUAUGCACCAUCACAACACAACACACAACUCCACCAAACGGCGAACGCUCAUCGACGACAAUAUCAGCAAGGUAGAUACCUAGGUAACCAACGCCACCGCCCAAAGAAAUUGUGAUUGCGGUGGUCCAGUCUCCAGAAAGAACCACAACAAAGGAAACUUGAAAUGAUCUCCAUUUCCUAUACGAACACCUAGCUUCGACUGCAGGGCAGCGUCGAUCGUUCUGCAGGGCACAGCCUCGUCAGCAUCAAUCUCAGCCUCAGCCUCAAGAUCUAUCAACAGCCCCCAAGUACCUUAAUAGUCCAGAUACAGCACAGUGUUGUACCAGGUAAUCGACUGUGUUUUGAUAUUAGUGGACACUGAUGCAAUCUCACAACCAAUUAUGACAGUGGAGCUGAGCGGUACUAGUACGGCCAACAGUACCUGUGCGCAAUCUCCAGCAGCAGUUGGGUACCACAUUGGCCAGAUUACUUCCAGAUCACUAGGAGUACACCCAGAUUGCACCCAAUUUCUGCCUCAGCCUGAGGUACCCCUUUUACCAUGGUAAUCACGAGUGUUGCCCCUCGACACCAAGCCCAAGCCCGUGUGAGCCAUGACCCCCUCAGUCAGCCUCAGCCUCAUCCUCCACCAUUGGGCAAAUUAAACUGGAUCAGGCUGAGCAACCAACGCCCAAACCACGCUGGAGCCCCCAGGGGAGAUUACGAGAUUACAAGCCACUCCCAGAGAGAUUUCCAGCCUACGCCUCCCUUGACGACGCCCAAACAAUCUGGAGACUUUGAUAUACAAACAAACCUGAAGCUCAUUUCUAGCAAUUUACGCCAAUCUGGCAACGAAAUUUGAAACGCUUGUUGCCCCAGAUGCGACAAAGAUUGCCUCUAUUCUAGUAGAUCCUCAUUUUGUUUAUUGAAGACUGCAAAAUAUUAUAAACACCUAUCGCCCCCCAGUUCACUUCAGUUCCUGAUGAAUCCUGUUUGUGUGCUUUCACCUCUUCACCCUCGACAAUUCACACCAAUGCCGAUGCCGGCGCUCGACGAAGUGAUGACGAUGGCUCCUGUACUGGCAGACUCGUAGCGGCCGACUCAAUCAUGGAUGGACAAGGGAAACAAAUCAACCAAGAUGGAGCCGAGUUUGAGACGCCAGAUUCGAUUCAGCCGGAAGCGCUCGCUUCCUAAGCUUUUGACUACUCUUCCAAACCACCCCUCCUAUCAGGCACCAACCAAAGAAAUCGUUUCGGAUGCAUAACCACGUCACUAGACAACAAAAAACCAAACCGACAAACAAAAACAGAACAGAAGUGACAGCUAUCCACGCUAUCAGACUGCCGGCGACUAUGGCCUGCGCAUACUAACAAAAACAGAUAUAUGUAACAAGUCGGCAAAAAGAGGUUGAGCACCGUCCGGACAGGGCUGGAAUUGAAUGUUAAUCCAAUUGUGCAAGAAAGCCGUGACUGUGUUUCAGUCCGGCUUUUCUAGAUGAGAGGCAUAAGGUCGUUUCAAUCUGUUACAGGAGAGUCUCGGCGGACAUGCUAGUGUAGACUGCCCUGCAACGAGUUGGGGUCAAUGGUCCCGAACGGCGUCAUGGGCAUGUCCAUGUGUUCCCGGGGUGUGUGGAAUUCGGACAUGUCGGUCAUCAUGGCCAGUCCGUUUUCAUCAUAUCCGGGACUAGGCAUGGGCAUGUUCAGGUUUUGCUUCGAGUACAUCUCGCCCAACAUCAGCGUCUCGUCCAUCAUCCCAUUGUGCUCAUGGCCCAUGCUGAACAUGUCGGCCGAAGCACUUCGGUGCAUGCCAGACAAGGGUGGCGAAUGGUCGGCAAUGACGGGAUCUGCGUGACUCAUGUGAGACAACGGAGACAUUGAGGUAGGCAUCAUGUGCGGGUCGACCAUGGGAGAUGGUGAGAGGAACGGUACGUUGAAUUGUUGCGGAGUGCCAAACUCAGAGCUUGACAUGGGAGCUUGAGCCGGAUUCGAAGGGUAAAAGCCCGGACUGGCGAAUUCCGACGGCGAGGUGGCUGUGGCAGACAUGGGCAUUUGUCUAAAGUCCAUGCCGUACCCAGCAGAGGUAUCGAUCUGUAGAGUUGGCCCGAUCGGGGUCUGGACGGCUUGCUGUGGCAAGGACUGGAAGGGGUUGUGGUUGUCAUGCAUAAGUUGAGGCGAGGGUUGCUGAACAUGGAAAGUCGGCAUGGGGCCAUGCAGCAUGGAAAAGUCCAGGGCGAUUGGAACGGAGCGCGAGCGUUGUCGCUUGUGCCCAGGGUGCAUUCGGGAGGGAUGAAGAUGGGGAUGAACGCCAUAUUGUUCUUGGAACAUUCCCACAUGAGGAGGAUGGUGGGGGCGGGCGAAUUGCACCGACGGCUGAGAUGCCGGUCGCACAAUGCCCAAGGUUGGAGAAACAGGAGCCGACGCUGGCAUGGCGGCCAUGUCGAAUGGACUAUGUCUGUUCUGGAAAGAUUCGAGCGAAACCAACUUGGCAAGCUGGCCACUGAGUACUUUCGGAUGGCCUCCCAAAUGGUGAGUCAAAACUUGAGAUGCUUGUUGAUCUUCGGUGAAGUCACCACAUUGGUAGAAGCCUCCUGAGCCGGAAGAGUCCAUGUGAAAAUUGGGAGGCCGGGUCAGCUCAAUGACCAGCCCGCCCAGACGUGGAGGAGAUCCGUUUGCAUUCGGAGCCGUGUCACCCGGUUCCAAUUGAAUGCUUUUGAUGUAGGCGAAGGGGUAUUCGAUUUUGUAGCCUGCAGAAUCGUUGUUGAUAUAGUAGGUGAUGCAGGCCUUGUCGGGAGAGUAGAAAAUGACCAGGUCCAUGGCGUUCUGCCCGACUCGGCGCCAGGUGCCAAUGCUCAGGGAGCGACAGGUGAGGUGUUGGAUGACUUUGGACACGUCAGUAAAGAGAUAUUGUAACAAUUCAUCAACAGUCACAUACCGGUUUUGCCUUGACCCGUUAGGUCGCCAUUCAUCAACAUGC